AUGUCGGAAUUAUCAAUUGCCCGAAUCGAUGUCUUCCAAGCAACUCUUCCCUAUUCGGGCGGUGUCUAUUUGCUGUCCGGCGGACGAGAGUAUAGCAGCUUUGACGCCACCUUUGUCCGUAUCACUACAAACACCGGAAUCGAGGGCUGGGGAGAAAGUACCCCAUUCGGCUCCACCUAUGUCGCCGCUCAUGCCCUAGGAGUACGAGCUGGAAUCUCCGAGAUCGCACCAAGUCUCAUUGGGCUCGACCCACGGAGAGUCGAGCGCAUAAACGAGGCAAUGGACGAGGCGCUUUGUGGACACGAACAUGCAAAGACCGCUAUCGACGUUACCUGCUGGGAUAUAUUCGGCAAAUCGGUUGGAAUGCCAGUGUGUGAUCUACUUGGCGGUCGAACCAACGCUAAACUUCCCAUCAUUUCUUCGAUUCACGUUGGGGAGCCUGAGGAGAUGGCUGCGCGAGUCGCAGAUCAUCGGCGGCGUGGCUAUGUUGGACAUUCAAUCAAAGUCAGCGGCGAGCCUGUGGCUGAUGCAGCACGUAUCACCGCGUCACUUGCCGAUAAGCAGCCUGGGGAAUUUUUCCUAGUCGAUGCCAAUGGAGGACUCACGGUUGAAACUGCAUUGCGUAUGCUGCGGCUUCUACCUGAUGGGCUAGAUUUUGUUCUAGAAGCCCCGUCUGCUACGUGGAGAGAAUGUGUCUCUUUGCGUCGCAGAACCAAUGUUCCGAUCUUUUUUGAUGAGCUUGCAACGGCAGAUGCGUCCAUUGCUCAGCUUAUCGCGGAUGACGCCGUGGAGGGUAUUGGAAUGAAGAUUUCGAAGAACGGAGGUCUUACGAAGUGUCGUCACCAGCGGGAUAUCUGCCUUUCGGCGGGAUAUUCUAUCAGUGUUCAAGAUACAGUGGGAUCUGAUCUCUCAUUUGCUGCUAUUGUUCACAUGGCUCAGACCAUCCCCGAGAAGUAUCUCCGGUGUAUUCUUGAACCCAGGGACAUGGUGACGGUCAAAACAGCCGAUGGUCCGUUUGAAGUUAUUGAAGGUCGGCUCAGUGCACCAAGUCUGCCAGGAUUGGGAAUUACACCCCGUUUGGAUGUUAUGGGCGAGCCUGUAGCUAGCUAUUUCUAG